AUGACGCUGACUGGUGGACCUUUAGCCGUGAAGAUAGUGGAAGGAAUAGUAUUUUCAAUCAUCAUAAUCCUUUCGCUAGUUGGGAACACUUUAGUAGUACUUGCAGUGUAUAGGCAUAGGUCUCUGAGAAUCGUAUGUAACUAUUAUAUCGUGUCAUUGGCCAUAGCCGACCUCUUGGUCUCUCUCUUUGUUCUUCCAUUCAGUAUGAUGACUGUAAUGCUGGACGCGUGGGUAUUCGGGUUGGCGUGGUGUCAAAUAUGGAUGACAUUGGAUGUGUUUCUGUGUACUUCAUCUAUUAUGAACCUAUGUGCAAUCAGCGUUGAUCGGUUCAGAGCCAUCACGACGCCUCUCAAAUACGCUAUGAACAGGAGCGUCUCUCACGUAGUUAUCAUCAGUGGCAUAAUGUGGUUGGUGUCGCUGGCUGUUGCCAUAACACCAGUGAUAUUUUGGUCAUCUUCCACCAGUUCACUUCUUGAGGAUUCGGGAAUGUGUGCUCUUCCGGUAGACCCUGCGUUUGUCGUGACAUCCUCGAUCAUCGCAUUCUUUGUACCAUGCUUACUCAUGAUUGCCUGUUAUUUCAUCAUCUUGCGAGUCAUGAGGAAAAAGGUAAGAUGGAGCAACAAGGUGUCAGAUGGACUACAAAAUCCUGUUACACAGAAAAGCGUCCAAGAUGGACAAACUGUUCAACAAAAUCAAGCUGAAACAAGCCCCGUAACUAAUAACACUACUGCUAAGGAUAGUGCAAUACUAGUAUCGUGUGAAACUGACAAAUCGGAGCCUUCAACAGCUCAAGACAAUACUAAUACUAUAAACCAGCAAAGCAAACACAUGCAGAAAACUGAAGAGCCGCCUGUAACUGUACGCAGAGUAACUGCAACAAAUAAAGAGGGGAGGGCUGCAAAGACCCUGGGGAUAGUAAUGGCGGUGUUUUGCCUCUGCUGGAUUCCGUUCUUUGUCACCAAUGUCGUCAAUUCGGUAUUUUAUGAAGUCAACAUUGACUUGUUUUUAGCAUUUGUCUGGCUAGGAUAUUUCAACUCGAUGCUUAAUCCUCUACUUUAUACAUGUUUCAACAUGGAGUUCAGAUCUGCUUUCAAAAAACUAUUAUUUUGCAGUUAACGGAUGUUAAAAACAUCAAAAUGUAUAAACGUAGAACUUAACCAAAGGGCAAAAACUUCGUAUAGCAUCAGACGUUGCACCUUUCGGCUAUGCCAAUAAGGAAUUUAAUAUGAAAGAGUGCAUCACAGUUUCAAUUGUUAUUUUAAAAUAUUAAUGGGUAAAAUUGUUGUCU